AUGGCUGCCAGCACCCCGACGAGGGACCGUCCGACUCCGAUGUCCGCCAGCUCGACCCCCUCCAGGCGCCCCCAGGCCUGCGAGCGCUGCUGGAAGCGAAAGCAAAAGGUUUUCUCUCAGAAUCCAGUAUCCACUUCCAGGCUAAUUGAACCAGCCAGCGCGCAGUGCAGCCCGCGACACAUCCGCGUCGAGUCCUCCGAGGACAACAGCGGCCUGUCGCAUGCUGCUCUGCCUGGCUAUGUUGACUCGCUGAAGCAGCGGAUCCAUGUUCUCGAGUCGCUCUCCCAGCGAAAGCGGCGGCGCAUGGCAGAGGAUGACACCGAGGAUGCGACGCCGUCUGUGGCCCCCGACAGCCAUGCAGGCCUGGAUAGCUCGGUGCAGGCUGCCAUGGGGGAAAUUGGAUUCCUCUCGCGCAGUGCGAUGGCCGAACCUCGCGACGGUGCAAGCGGAUUUCCGCGACAGCUUGAAUUGAGCGAAAUGCUGCAGGCGAUGCUGAGCCUGAGCGGCGGCAGCCCAUCGCAGUCUCGCAGCACCGACGAGACAUCGCAGUGGAAUUUCCUCGCAUUCUCGGAUCCUUUACAGGCUCUCAACAAGGGGAGUAUGGCGUCGUUUCUGGAUCGCUUUCUGCAGCAGAUCGGUAUGUUCUACCUGCACUUCGACAGGAAAGAGAUGGAGGAGCAGUACGAGGGCUUCUUCGCUGAAAGCAAUGGGCCAUCUGAUGCAGUCGACUCUGCGCGAAGUCAUCGUGAUUUCAGUGUCUAUCUCGCUCUUGCUAUUGGCAUGCUGCUGUCUCCCCAGUCUGGCCGCAUUGACCUGCUGGCCCAGAGCCUGCACUCGGCGGCCGUCAAGCUGCUGCCCAGGAUCCUGCAGUCAGGAAACUAUCUCAGCUUGGUUCAUUGUCUGCUGCUACUUCUAGUAUACUCUAUGUUGAGCCCGAACGGAGGGUCCUCAUGGCAUCUACUUGGAUUGGCGAUGAAGAGAUCGAUUGCUUUUGGACUGCAUAAAGACCAGGAGGGCGAUUCUCCUCUGCCGGUCGAGAUAGUCACCAAACGGAUGUAUCUUUUCUGGACUUUAUAUCUCCUUGAUCGCACACUGUGCACCAUCAUGGACCGACCAUUUGGCAUUCAAGAUGAGGAUAUUUCGCUGUCACUCCCACACCAACUAUCCCCUGACGAUGAAGGCAGGGACGCCUUCGAGCUGCAUCUGCUGAUGCAUGCGAAACUCGCCUCGAGUAUCCGCGACAGCGACGAGCAAUGCCCGGUGUUCCAUUAUAGAAACAUCUGCUUCUGGCGAGAGGUCCCCAGGGAGCUACGCCCAUUCCUGGCCUCGAACGAGGUCGCAAGAAGCCAUAUCCACCGACUCUCCUGUCGGGCAUUGAUCCAGAUCCUGCCAUUGUACAUCACAAGCCAUACCCAUAGCGACUCCAUUCCCGGUUCACAUCAGUUAGAGAUCGAGCAUGAUGUACGGAGUAGCUGUGAGCAGAUGAUCGAGCACAUGUAUCGUAGCCUAGACCAUGCCUCGUCGGUCACUGCGUUUACAGAUGGCUACGAUAUAUUUGCCGCUGGAGUGGCCAUUAUCUGUAUUGGGAGUUUAUCUCCACCGGCACAUACUCUGACAGACGCCGGCGUAGUUAACAAAUGCGUUGCCAUCCUCACAGCCCUGGGAGAGCGCUUCUCUGGCGUCAAGGUCUUCCGGAGGGUCUUGCUGGCGGUUUCGGACAUGGCCCUGGGGAGGUCGGACGACAUCUCGCCGGCAUCCCCAGCCCCUGUGUCGUCAAACAAGCGCACUGUCUACUUGCUAGACACACUUCACCCUGACGCCGUCGAGCACGCAAGGACACUCUGGAACGUUGUAGCUCCUGGCGACAAGGAGUUGAACAACUGGAGGGAGAACGCGUCGGCAGUAGUCAUCCGGGGGUCUUAUAUCACGGCAGACGAUAUCGCCCGCUCUCCCAACCUCAUCGCGAUCGGCAAGCAUGGUGUCGGUAUCGACAAGAUUGACCAAGCUGCCUGCGCAAAGCGGGGGAUUAAAAUCCUGAACACGCCCGGUGCGAAUGCCAGAGACGUGGCGGAGCUGGUGGUUGCACUCACAAUGACCGUUGCUCGAACGAUUCGAUCUAUCACUACACGACAGAUGACUGCGCCGGUCCCUAAGGAGACAUGCUCGGGGUUAACACUACACAAGAAGACGGUCGGGGUUAUUGGCAUGGGCAAUAUUGGGCGCACUGUCGCAGAGAUCUUCCACCGGGGGUUCGAUGCAGAGUUGAUUGCCUACGAUGUUUAUAUGCCGGAAGGCGCAUGGCCUCAGCUACCGCAUCGCCGCGCGCAGAGUAUACAGGAGGUUAUUGAACAGGCCGACGUUGUUACUUUACAUGUUCCAUUGACUGAUGAGACCCGAGAUCUCCUCUCGUACGCCCAGCUGCGACAGAUGAAGCCUGACGCCAUCCUUAUAAACGCGGCCCGGGGAGGCAUUGUCAACGAGGAGGAUUUGACACGCGUUCUGUCUGAGGGUCAUCUCUGGGGAGCUGGACUGGACUGCCACGAGCAGGAACCUCCUUCAGUCGAGAAAUAUGGAAAGCUAUGGGAGAAUCUCAACGUCGUCAGCACGCCGCAUAUCGGGGCAGCCACAAACACGGCGCAGAGGGCCAUUUCUCUUCCUACUCUUUAUCCAGUCCAUCCCAGCACAGUGCCAUUUAACAUGCUGGACAUUCCCCUUCAAGCUGUCCGUUAUAAACAAUGUUCGACCGUCUUCACCCCCAAAGCAGCAGUUUGUGAGAUUCUUUCCUCCCUCCGGCGCUGUGACUAUCCUCGCCUUGGGCACUCCCUCUGCGUCUACGACGAACACAGAACCAAGACUGGGUCUAUAAACACACCCGGUCGGGUCUGUGAGACCUGUUUGGCCCUGGUCGGUGAAGUAGAGGUCGCCAUUAGAAGCAACGAUCAGGUCAUUCGGGCCCUUGAAUCUCUCGAGAUUGCGGCGAGUAAGGAGCGGGCGAGUCCAUUCGGCUCUCCAUCAUACCUCACACACUCUGUAACCUGCUUCUCCGUGUCCAGCCGCAGGAUUCGGCCAGCUCCAUCUGGGGUGCAGAUCGGGCCCUCCAGGAAGAUGUCCGAUGCGGGCCCAGCGAAGCCACCACGCCACUCGGAAUCCAAGGAUGUAUCCCAAUUCUCGGCAUCCUUGACUGCUCUGCUCCUUUCUGACCUGACUGGGCCGCAUACCAUGGGACUAAUCGCAGAUACGAGGAAGGCUUUGCGCGAGGCACCCAAGGGAAUCUUCAAUGCCUAUGUAUUUAGCGUGACAUGGAUCUUUGCCUUGGCUGGCGUGGCCAAGGGCUUCGACGAAGAGGCUGAAUACGCAGACACGAAAGGAUGGAUCGUAUCUAUUGCCACUGCUGGUGCCGUAUUUGGCUGUCUUGGUGUUCUCCCACUCAAUGACCGGCUGGGCCGACGCUGGUCCCUGCGAUUAGGGACACUGAUAUACAUUGCCGGCGUGCUAGGACAAGGGCUAUGUGACGGAGACCUAGGAGGGCUGUAUGCGUCGAGGAUCAUCACUGGCAUGGGCAUCGGAGUGACAACGAUAGUUCCGCCUGUUUAUAUCUCAGAAAUCGCGCCCAAGGCCAUACGAGGUCUGCUGACGCUUCAAUAUGCUGCCUGUCAGCAAUUGGGGGUUGUCCUGGGCUUCUUCAUCAACUACGGCGUCACCAGGAAAUAUACCGGGACCAACACUCAAUGGAUGCUCCCAACACUCCUCCAGCUGCUUCCGGCCGCCCUCUGGGGCCUUGGGACAUUCAUUUGCCCAGAAUCGCCUCGAUGGCUGCUCUCAGUUGGUCGACGAGAAGAAAGUGCCGCCGUGCUGUCUAAACUACGCCAUUUGCCUGUCGAGCAUCCGGUCGUGGCUGGUGAGCUGGACGGUAUGGAGGCUCAACUCCUGCACGAACACGAGUCAGUUGCUUCUGCGUCCCAGUGGCAGCUGCUUAAAGAGACUCUGAUCCCCGUUGAGAACCGUCGCCGCUUCUUCCUUCUGUUCAUGGCCACGUUGUUUAGCCAGUGGUCGGGGGCCAACGCAAUCACCCAGUAUAGCCCGACCAUCUUUGGAUAUCUGGGUAUCGUCGGGGACGAAGCGACUUUCCUAGCGACGGGAAUCUACGGUGUCGUCAAGUUCGUCAGUACUUUGGUAUUCGCUGUGGUCAUCGUGGACUUUGUCGGCCGGCGACGGUCACUCUUGACAGGAAUCACUCUGCAAAUCCUCACUCUCGCCUUUGUCGGCGCCUAUCUGGGAGCCACCAAAGACAUGAGUACAGACGAUAUCAAAGCCUCGCCUAAUGCAGAGCGGGCGUCGACUGCAGCAAUCGUGGCUAUCUACCUGCACGCCGUCGCCUGGAGUAUUGGCUGGUUCAGUAUCCCUUAUCUGAUCGGCCCAGAGAUUUUUCCCACUCGCAUCAGGUCCUUAAACAUGUCCAUCUCGAUGGCGCUGCAUUGGGCAUUCUACUUUGGUUGCUCAAGGGCAAUGCCUAGCCUACUCGCCGCGACUCACAGAUGGGGCGCGUUCCUGUUCUUUGGCAUUAUUUGUGUAGUAGGGCUCGUUUAUGUUUGCGUUGCUAUGCCAGAUACCACAGGUAGAUCUCUUGAGGCACUUGACAAGCUGUUUGAGAGGCCCUGGUACACUGUGCACAAGGUCGCCUAUGCCAGCAAAGAUGAUCUGCAAAUGGAGAGUCCUGGAAAGGACUUGGGCAGGAAGGAGGAUGGCAGGGUCGAGCAUCUGGAAUCUGCGUAG